CACUCUAAAAUUUCAAUUUCCAGAUAUUCCUCUUUUUCCCCUCUCUCUCUCAUCAAUCGUCAUUCUUACAUACCACCCACAUAAAAAGAAUAUCAGCACCACUACCGGCGAUCUCGUCGGAAUAUUCUUCGGGAAAUCUCCAAUCAUGGCGGCUACCGACAAGUAUAACCUAAAGAAUCCGGCGGUGAAGCGGAUCCUUAUGGAAGUCAAAGAGAUGCAGACCAAUCCUUCCGACGAUUUCAUGAGUGUUCCUCUCGAGGAGAACAUAUUUGAAUGGCAAUUUGCAAUUCGGGGACCCCAAGAUACUGAAUUUGAGGGUGGUAUAUAUCAUGGAAGGAUUCAGCUGCCAGCAGAAUAUCCUUUUAAGCCUCCUUCUUUCAUGUUGUUGACGCCCAAUGGUCGUUUUGAGACACAGACAAAAAUAUGUUUGAGCAUAUCAAACCAUCAUCCAGAGCACUGGCAACCAUCUUGGAGUGUUCGUACUGCAUUGGUGGCCCUCAUUGCUUUCAUGCCGACAGCCCCUAAUGGUGCUUUAGGAUCUUUAGACUACAAGAAGGAAGAAAGGCGUGACCUAGCUAUUAGAUCUCGUGAAGCAUCACCAAAAUUCGGAACUCCUGAACGUCAAAAGGUGAUUGAUGAGAUUCAUGAAUACGUGCUUAGUAAGGCUCCACCAGUUCCUGAAAGCCUAAAGCAGACUUCUGAAGAACACCAAAGUGAAAAGGAGGCUGAAGAAGCUGAGGGAAGUGAAAAUGCUGGAAGAUCAGCUGAUUCUGUAGAACCUGAAAACGAAGGAGGUGAGAGAAUUACUGAGGAACCUCAAGCGGCUGUUGAGAACGCUGAUGCUGUGGAACAAAGGGAAGCUAUUCCUAGACAAGUUAGAGCUGGAGUUUCUAACCAACAGCUUCAACACAGGCCUGCACAAAGGUCAACUGAUGAUCGCUUGCUCACAUGGGCAGCUGUGGGAUUGACUGUUGCCAUAGUUUUUCUUUUACUGAAGAAGCUCAUGAAAUCCAGUGGUUAUGACGCUAUUUUUUUGAGCGAAUCGUAGAUAUGGUAGAUAUUUAUAGGGCAGGACAAACAAAACAUGUCUUGUAUUUGUGAGAAAAUAUUCAAGUAUAUGGUGUAAUAUAUUGCGUAGGUCUUAAUCAAGCUGUUUGAUUAUAAUAGCAUUACUAGUAAAACAUAUGUAGUGUGAUGAUUGGGGUUAUUCCUUCCCUGGAAUAUUAGUAUUGUCUUACAUACGAGUAAGUCAGAAGCUUGGUAAA